AUGGUUGGUAAUUUUUUAACGAGCAAUGACAUGCCAGUUGGUUAUGUGACACCUUCCUUUCCAUCCCUAUAUUGGCCUAUCAACAACUCAAAAUAUAAUACUGCGUAUUUAUAUGAUUCAUAUACAAUCUGGCUGUUCACCGUGUAUUGGAGUUUGAUAUUGAACGGGUUCUUCUACGGCGUUGCAGGUGCCCUGGCAUGUUUCACGCAUAGAAAGAAAGGCGGUGGGUUCUGGAUCCUAGCUAUAUAUCUGGUCCUUGGAGGAGUACAAGGCAUAGUGCUUGGUACCAUAAUCGGGUACAUUAUAAGCGCCACAUACUUAUCCGCCCUGUUUUCGAUGUCAACUUGGAUCCCGCUUUGCUGUGCAGUAGCACAAGUCCUCUUCGAGGUCACCACAAGUUACUCAUUAGUGGGUAACCUGAUGUAG